CCAGCUACUGUACCUGUGAGCUGAGAGGUUUUCUCUGCUCUCUAACACUUCUCUCUUUGUUCUGUGUGAUUCAGAAGAAAUAUGGAAAAGAUCUCUGAUUUACUCUUCAGGUAUAAAAACUACAACUUUGUCGUUGACUUCACAACUCCAGAGCACAUCGAUUCUCUUCAAAGUUUUGAAAUUCGAGAUAGUGACGUAUUCCUCGUCACUUAUCCAAAGUCAGGUACUAUAUGGACUCAACAGAUCAUCAUCUCCAUCCUUGAGUUGGAUGGGGGUCUAAAAAAAUAUCCAAACAACAUGGAGCAAAUGCCGUGGCUGGAGCAUAAAGUGGAGGGUCGAGAGGAUUACGCUCUGCGACCUUCUCCAAGGCUCUUUUCCUCUCACCUCACCCCACCUCUUAUGCCUCCAGGACUGAAGGACAAGAAGGCAAAGAUUAUCUACAUGAUGCGGAAUCCAAAGGACAACAUUGUCUCCUAUUAUCACUUCAGUUUCAGCUGUAGCGACUUGGAGACUCCCAAGAGCUUUGAGGACUUCCUUGAGCAGUAUCUGGCAGGCAACGUCUUUGCAUCAUCCUGGUUUGACCACAUCAGGGAGUGGCAUUCAGUGAGAGACCAGUACAACAUCCUCUUCCUGACCUAUGAGGACAUGAUUUUGGACCUGAAGGCAGCAGUGACUAAGAUCUGCACUUUCCUGGGGAAAAACCUGAGUGAAGCAGCCAUUGAGGAAGUUGUGGAAAAAGCUACGUUUAACAACAUGAAGAAAAACUCAAAAGCCAACUAUGAGUUUGUGCCAAAAGAUAAGUUGAAGAAAGACUUCAUGCGCAAAGGUAAGAUUGGUGACUGGAAGAACACCUUUACUGCCGCUCAGAGUCAAAGAGUUGAUCAAGUUCUUCAGGAGAGACUCGGGAAUAUGUCUCUGAAGUUCAUCUGGGAAUAAGCAGAGCAGCCACACAAACCUUAAGUUCAAUCAGGAGAGACAGAAGAAUAAUGUAAAAAAUAAUGUUUAAUACAUAAUGUGAGUGUACAGAUUAACAGAUGAUUUGUGCUGAUUAAGAUUUAACUGAAGUCUCUGGCACAUGGAUAUCUGGCUCAGAGACAUCUGGGCGGCAGGAAGAUAAAUCCCCCAAGGAGUCCAGAUGUUGGUGGAUGUGGUGGAUGAUGACUCUGGGGCUGAUGACUGACGAGGCGGAUGAGGCUGAUGAAUCUGAGAGGACUUGAUGGUGAUGGGGAAGUGGAGGGCAUGCACAGCUGCAGCAUGAAAGAUCUACAGGCAGAAUGAGAACAAUAUUCAAAAUGAGAGGCAGUAAGAUGAUAGGCUAACAAAGAAAGCGUGUCACUGUGAAGUUCAUCUGGAAAUAAGCAGAGCAGCCACACCAAUCUUAAGAUGUUUAUAUCUUUUUUUAGCCUGAGAUCCCCAAAAUUAAUUGACACUGUGUGUGUCUUAUGCUUACAAUAUCUGCAGUAGCUAAAUAUAACUGUUGAUAUGUAUCACAAUAAGGCUUUAUUGGUUUGGAGUUCUGUACCAGUAAAACAUGAACACACAUGAGCAGAAAUCACAAAUAAACACAGCUGGCCAAUUUAUUGUCUUAAUUGAA